AGCUCACUCGCACCUCUCUCUCUCUAUCUCUCUCUCUCUCUCUCUCUCUCUGCGCCUUCUUCCAUGGCGGCUGCUAGAAGAGUUUCGAGUAGGUUGGUCGAGCUCGUAUCGUCGCCUAACCCCAUCGUUUCCCCAGCUAGCGUUAUCUUCCAUCGAGGGCUCGCUUCCACGCUCUUCGUCAAAGGUAUAGAUUUUGCCACCACUGACGACAGGCUAGCCAAAGCAUUUUCAAAGUUUGGCCAAGUUGAAGAAGCUACAAUAAUAAUGGAUAGAGUAAAAAAUAGAUCGAAAGGUUUUGGAUAUGUGACCUUCGCUGUGGAGGAGGAUGCCCGGAAAGCCUUGAUUGACAUGAAUGGGAAGUUGCUAGAUGGGCGUGUAGUGUUUGUGGACAAGGCAAGAACCACGAAGAGAUGUUGAUGAUUCCGUUCCAACAGCCAGGGGACCUCCUGAACCUUCCAUUAACGAAUGACUCAAUUCCUGUUUUUCCUCUGUCAAUAUGUCCGAUGUAGUUAGAGAACCGAUGCAUCAUUUAGUCAAUAUACUCUGUUUUACUUGGUUUUUUAGUGUUCACUAUUUUGCUGACCUUUUUUCAUUUCUAUGUGGGCUGCAAAUGUACUUCCUGUUGCUUUAUAAGCGUGUCAUUUGCUUAAGGU